AUGUUGCUGACUUUUUAUCUUCUCUUCAUUGGGCUUCACGUCUCUGAAGGCUGCACUCUGGAGAACAGAGGACAAAUACAGAGUAUCACAGCCCAUACAGGAGGGUCAGUACCGCUGCCCUGCUACUGCACUGACCUACACACCACACCUGAGACAUUCAGCUGGAAGAAAGACAACACAAACACAUUUGAAGAGGUAUCCAGUGAGAGUGGUCAGUACAGAAACAGAGUUCAGCUGGUUAAUGGUCACUCUCCAGGAAACCUCUCUCUACUUAUAUCACACCUGACUGAAGAGGAUGGAGGAGAUUACUGGUGCACUGUUAACGAUUCAUAUAUAAUCAUCAAACUGACUGUAAAAGGCUGCCCUCUGGAGAACUGGGGAAAACUACUGAGUAUCACAGCACAUACAGGAUGGUCAGUACUGCUGCCCUGCUACUGCACUGACCUACACAACAAACCUGAGGGAUUCAGCUGGAAGAAAUACGACAGACACAGAGACAAAUGGGACGAGAUAUCCAUUGAGAGUGGUCAGUACAGAAACAGAGUUCAGCUGGUUAAUGGUCACUCUCCAGGAAAUCUCUCUCUACUCAUAUCACACCUGACUGAAGAGGAUGGAGGACUGUACAUCUGUGCUGACAGAGACGAGGACAGACGGAGAGCCGAGAGCAAAGAAGAAUGA